AUGAUCCAACCCAAUUCUGAGCAAAAAGAUAUUGUUGUUGACGCUUCUGCUAGAACUUUUGACCGAGAAGUUAAUGAAUUGGGCAAAUCAGUGCUCAUUGUUCCUGCAGGUUUUAAUAAUAAAAAUUCUCUCCAUUUUAAUCUUGCAUUUGGAGAAGUGGCAGCUGUGGCGGUGGCUAUAAAUGAAAGGCUUCUUGAUACCAACAACCAUUUGGCAGUUACUUUCGAAAGAACAUCCAACUCGAUUUUGACUGGGGUGAAGGGUGCUAAUGAAGCUACUAAUUCGGGGAAUUCUUCUAAUCUGAUUAACAGUCGAGAUAACGAUGGAAAAGUAAGGGACUCUAAGGGUGGUUGGAAGAUUAACAAAACUCUUAAGGGGCCAACUAACCAUUUCAAGGCUUUGGGGAGUUCACGGGUCUCGCUUGCAGGAUCCAUGUUGAUGGUAGCGGACUUUAUCUCCUUGAAGUUUGACAGCCAAGUUGUCAAGGAAAAAGUGACUGGAGAAAUCGAAGGCUCGAAUAGUAUUGUCCAUGGUCGACAAUAAGGUGGAAACACAAAAAUAUAUAGACUUUUUCAGCACCUUUUGAGCCCUAAUUCAUGCAGUUUCGUAGUAAAUUUUUUCGAAAUUCAAACUUUAAUUAUAAAAUAAUUAAUUUGCAUUUAAA